GCUAAACUUGGGUUGGUAAUAUCUUUAGAUUUUGGAAAUCUGGCAAAUACUUAUAUUGGGAAUUACUCUGGAAGUGUUUAAACCAAAUCUAAAAUAUUAACCACUACCACAGUAAUAUUGCUUUUAAAAAGGGUCUUUCGAAUGCAGUCAAUAAAAGUUUUGUCUCUUCGUGUUGGUGUCAACUGUCAGAUGCUUUUCACUCAAAACAGAUCAGUUGUUGAAAAUGGGGAUUGUGGAUAUCCCUUCUGCUCUUGUGGAUCAUAUUUCAAAGUGAAACCGUUCCGAGAAGGAGAAGUUGCUGAUUAGAAGUUGCCAAUUUUCAUGGAAAACAAUGAACAAUGCAAAUAGAAAAGAAUAAACCUGCGCGCUAUAU